AUGGCCCGAGCAAUCAUCAUUUUGGAAACACUAAAGCAAUUACGACAAUGGACUAAUGAAUCCAAUAAUCGACUUUAUAACCAAAUCGAUGUAUCCAAUGUCGGUUUGAUGGGUCAUUCGCGUGCUGGCGAAGCUAUUGUCAUUGCACAAGUGUUCAAUAAACUAAAAUUCCUGCCUGAUUAUCCUGGAGGUGUUUCAUUCACGGAUUAUGAGUUUGGAAUCAAGGCAUUAUUUUCCAUUGGCGGUACAGACGAUGGUUAUAUGCCACUCGGACAUAGUCUUAUAUCAGAAGAUGUUACGAUGUUUGGUAUCCAUGGUGUAUAUGAUGGAGACUUAUCAUCAUUUCUUUUCCAAGCAAAAUUAAGACAUUUACGUUUUACAUCGAAUAGUAGUCAAUACAAUUUCAAAGCAUCCGUGUAUGUCCAUCAAGCAAAUCAUGGACAAUUCAAUACAGAUUGGGGACGAUUUGAUCUCAUUCCGGGUGCAAGUCGCUUCAUGAAUGUCCAUCCGCUAUUGACAAUGUUACAACAACAACAUAUAUGUAAAAUUUAUAUGGCUGCUUUAAUGAAUCUUGUUCUAAAAAAUCAAACGCACUAUCGAGCUCUAUUUGAAGACUAUCGUUCUGCAAUGUCUUAUUUACCGUAUACAAAUUAUAUAUCCACAUUUCAAGAUUCGAAUGAAACAGUUGUGGCUGACUUUGAACACUAUGAUGUCACGCAAGGAACAAUAACAGGUUCGAAAGUUAGCGUUGUUAAUUUAUUACACUGGGGCUCCGCCUACGUUAAAGUGUAUCGUUCAGCGAUGCUAGUCUUACAGCCCAUGAAUAACUCCGUCGGAAAAUAUGCCAUUCAUUUUCAAAAUGCCAUAGCUGGAUCUUGGAUUCGAUUUCAGGUUUGUAGAGCACCGGAAGGACUGGUGGACCAUUUGACAGUACAACUCUUUUAUGACAAUGGAACAUCCGACUCCUUCGUAGUCAAUGUGCUUCCAGCCCUUGGUAAACGAAUUUUCAAGGCCAGUUCAACAGAAUAUGUAACUGCUAUACAAACCAUUUCUCUGCCAUUAUUACGUCCUAUGGUUGGUUUAGAAUUCAUAGUUGACGGUGUCAAUGCACAAUUUUUAGUUGAUGACAUUGUUUUAGCAAACUAA